CAUUCAGUUUACCGAUUCCAAUUCUCACAGCUGACGGAUUGUUCAAAUGUAUGCGACUCAUGAGCAUGUUGCUUCCAUAUGCAAAAUAUGUAAAUUUACUCAUCGUUUUCGGCUCCGUUGAAUCAAAAAACAAAAUAUUAAUUAUUAUAAAGAUUAAAAUCGAAUUCAUUUGGUUCAGAAAUCAAUCAUGUGCAAACACUUAACAAAAUGACCAGACUAACAUAUUAUGUACAAAUUUUCUAUCGGAUGAAUAAAAAAAUCGGUAAUUAUAUUAUCAGACAUAUAUGAUUGUUUCAUACUGAACUGUUUCUACGAAAGCGAAAGCUUAUCGACUAAUAUCGGUAUAAUUACAAGAGUGCAUCAUGAUAUAUUUCAAUCUUGACUCACGUGUCUAAUUUACGAGUUCAAAAUAAUAGAUUAUUAUUUAGACAUAGAUAAUAUUAUGCAGGUAGGUACAUAAUAUGAUAUAAGUUGGACUUUAGUUAUAACAUAAUAACAUGCAAGUGUCCAGUAUCCACGGUAAUAACCAAUAUUUACACAAAACCACGAGGAAUGGAGACAGUAAAGUCGUAAUAUUUUACAGUAAAUGUUAAUUUGACCAGUAAAUUUCACCGAAUGUAGAUAAGACAAAGCGAGAUAAGAUAUUGAAGAUUUCUUUUACCGUGGUUAUACCACGGCACGGCCGCACAACCAUGGAUAAUAAAUCUGUUAUCUAUGCUUACAACAUUUACAACACAGUGGCCGCAAGCGUCCGGAGGAGGAGGCGAAAAUGGGCGAUUGUCACUCGUCCUAGCUUUUAAUAUUACCUUUUACCCAUGUAAUUUGGUUUUUUUUUUUUUAUCAAAAUGUAAAUUACGUACAGUGUAAAAUAUUUAAUUUUGCCCCUCCCCCCCCCUCUGGAAAAAUGUCUGCGGGCUCUAAUGACCGUGAUUAUAAGUAAACCGCCACCGUAUUAUCACCGUCGAUUUCUUUACAUUUAAAUUAAAUUACCUAUUGCACGGUAGCUACAUAAUACGUACCUACAAUAAUACAAUUAUAUCCACCUAUUCGCAUUUAAGUUGUAGUGUUGAUGUAUUUCAAUAUGUUUCAUUGGUUACGUCAAUAUAUACUCACUUGGUCACUUUACACGGAUCAAUUUGAAAGUGGGUAGGUAUUUUGAAGACCGAAUGCUUAUUACAAAAUAGCUAUUUAUAAUAAAUGAUUAGAGAAUAAAAAAAAAAAAUUUGAGCAAAUUAAUUUUUUCCAUCGCCAUAAAUGUCUGUACAUUUUUUGUUCACAAUUAAUCGAGUUAUGCAUAACCUAACUUAAUUUGAUUUAAUCAUAUUUCGGUACGCGUUGAUAAGUGCAAUCAGAAUUUUUCGGCCCGGACUAUGUUUCAAGCUCAUGGCCGUUCAAUGUACAACAAUGUUCGCCGUGACACGGCAAGCGAAAAUUUAAAAUCUCCAAUAGAGUUACCUAUGCAUUCAAAUUUAAUCUUCAAUCAACAACAAUUUGAAUAAACAACAACAAAAAUUUGGGAAAAAAGUAGAAAUUUAAAUUCUUAAGUUAAAUCUAUAAUAUUCAAAAUAUUUUCGCCCCCUCUUUUUUAGGCUUGUCAAGAACGGACCCUGCUACUAUGUCCAAUUUAUGAUGAACUUCAAUGUUACUGGGCCAAAAGAAUUUUUGUAAGUAAUCACCUAACCUCUAAUAAUAUGAAUAUACAAUUGCCAGUGUUUUAUCAUUUCAAAUUUUCGACCAGUAAACCUUGCGCCAAACGUGAUUAUCAGAAGAGGUUUUUGUUGCCUAGCGAAUUUUUAAUUUCGUCUGGUUGGUACAUUGGGAUGAUCGUUUUUCUAUUUUCUUUGUAGCGUUCUUAUUACAACGGGGAAAACAUUUUAUGUGGAUACACAUUUUGUAAUUUAUUUAUAUCAGCAAUUUAAAUUCAAAUUUAAGUUAAAAUUCAUUAAAAACACGAACGAUUAUUAAAAUGUAUUUUGUAAUUACAAAUUAUUACAAUUUUCAGUUGAAAUUAAUUUUUAGCAUAAUUUGUAUAAUUUAUCGCGACGAUUUCGUAUAAUGUAUAAUGUAAAUAAUUUGUUCCUUAUCACGUUCACUUAAAACUACUUCCACGAACACAAAUCACGAUGAUUAUAUACACUUUGUAACGCUCGGAACAGCACUACGGAUUUGUGUGCCAGACGGAUAAUAUUUGUCUGUGUAUGAUGAAUCGCGCGUAAAAUUAUUCUCAGAGAAACAACGCGGAUUGUCGAUCGGCGCAGUCGGCGGUGUACACCUUUAUUCUAUUCUAUAAUUUCUCUUCUCUUAUCUGCGAUUCCCGGCGCAAUUGGCAUAGUGUCAUGCCGUUUAUAAUAUAUCGAGGGGGACGAAACUAAGUAAAAAAACACUAAAAGCUAUCGAAAUUUCCUCUUGAUUUUCGUACUGUCCCCGGUCACCACUCUCCCCGUGCGCAACUACCGCGACAGCGGGUGAAUUUCCCGUAUACCCAUAUAAUAUCUCGUUACGGAAUUCAACAGUUCAACCGUUUAAUAACGUUUAAUCUAUUUGCUAGUGGCGGUGGCGGGGGACACGCUGCGAGCGAAGUCUCUCAGUUUGCUGGGUAUCGCACACGGACUCGACAGCUGUGUGCGUUCCUUAAAGAAUCCCCGGCCGUAACCGUUCAAUGCCGUACACCCGCCACACGCCGUACUCGGUCGAAUUCAAUUUCGGUUGUCGCUGGUUUGGACCGCGGCCGUAUGAACGACACCGUACGCCCGGGGACGCGGGAGACGUUCGUAAAACGGCGCGCGCGAGUAUCAAUAACAACGCAACAACAUAACGCGAUCGUGAUAAUUCGUUCGCGGGCGACAUCUAUCUCCGGAUUCCUCGGCCGUUAGUCACGUGCGCGCAAUGAGCAUAUCGUGUUAUGCGGAGCGCUAUGCGAUUAUACCCGUAUGAGAUUUUUACCCGCGUUUUUCUACGGUUUUUUUUUUUUUUUUUUUAUUAUCUUCUGUUUUACUUACAAUACGGUCUGCGCGUAUUUGCGCGCGUGUCUAUAAUGUAUUGUGCACGCGGAAGUGCGAUUGCCUAUUCCGUUCGACCGGACGUGAACUCGCCCUCGCGCCACCGGCGCCGCGAAUUCGAGUCGUGGCGUACACAGGCGGGUACAGACUACACGCGUUUACACGGCGGCGCCAGAAUCGCGCGUUCGGGAUGAAAUCGUUUCGAAACUAAAACCGUUUCCGGCCGUGCAAACGCUCCGAAACCGUAACAGCGUCGAACCGAUUUCACAGCUGAAAAACGCUCGCCGCAUUUGGCAUUAGAGCCGUUUCGAGUGCUUAAAGCGGUUUGUCAAAACCGUCAUCACACCUAGCUAAUGUUCGCGAAAGUACCGAGAGCAAAACCGUUUAACAGACUACGAUUUCGCGGUAAUUUUAGGUUGAAAUUACGAUUGUUUAUUGUCUUGUGAAAUUUUAACCGGUCAGAGUGAACGUUGAUUUUUUUUACCCGCGGUCUAAGAAGAACUAUUCUAUAACACCGUCACACAAAUGACACUCCGCUACUCGCCCUCUACAACUCUACCGGAACUUAAAAGUGUAAUUGCUGUCAACGGUCCGACGGAAAUUGACAAUGUCGACAUCAUAAUGUAUUUAAAUUAGUUAACCAUUUCAUCUGUUUACGGAAUUUGUAAUAUUGGUUGCUAUUUGAAAACAAAACGUGGACAAUGGUUUCGCCCCCACAAAUAAGAGUGACAAAAAAUAUCGGUAAUGUAAAAUUGUAGGGCUAUUUGUUUUUUAAAUUGUCAAGAAAAAGAAAAAUUCCGAAAAAAGUUAAUACUUUCCGAGAUAAUAAGUGUCUUAUCGAGGAUUGAUCACUUUAUAUUUUAUAAUAUAUUAUCUAUACACAGUUCUCGUAGAAACCAUUUAUAUUUUAAUUUAUAAUUGGUUAAAUUACAGGGAAAAUAUAAAAUUGUACCGCUAAAAUUCGAAUAUGUUAUUUGGUAACAUAAUAAAUUCGAAAAUAACUUUAUCCAUCUGUUACGAUUUCAAGGCUAAACUGCUAAACCGAUUCUGAUGAUAUUUGGUAUGGAGGUAGCUUGAAACCUCAGAGAAGAAAUAGGUUACUCAAAAAAAAAAAACCAAUUACUAGGGGGUUACAAAUUUACAAUAUUAGUAUGGAUAAGUCUUAUAGAAAACUUAAAAACAACUGGACCGAUUUUCAAGAUUUUAUUUCUGUUACCUUUUUUUAAGAGACCACAGUAUUUAUAGGCAUAAAUAAAUUUUCGCUUUUUUUUACAAAAGAAGGCAAGUAAAAAUGUCGUCUUUAGAACUGUAUUGUUAAGAACGAAAAUAACUUAAGACCACAACAGAAAUAACGUUAUUUAUAUUUUAUUUUGCUCCAUUGCAUAUGUUAAUGAUAUUUUUGUAUGGUUUUUGAAAAAUGUAUUAUAUAAAUACACAGCCAUAUAAAAAAAAAAACAAUUUUUUUUUAAUUAGAGCAAAAUUUAUGGUAAAAAAGUUAUUUACAGACAUAAAAAAAACUAUUAUGCCGUUAUUUAUUUAUUAUUUAAAAUCACGGAAUUAAGCUUUAUUCGACUGUCUUCUGUUACAAUAAUAACUAUAUUCUAAACUAAUAUAAUAAAUGCGAAAGUUUGUGACGAUAUUUAGAUGUUUAUGACUAAAUAUGACUGUUUAUAAUAUAGUGACUGAACGGAUUUGGAUGAAAUUUAACACACGGAUAGACAAUAUGUGCUGGAUUAACACAUAGGAUACUUUUGAUCACGGUAUUGUGUUCCUAUGGGAUAAUUUACAAUGGUUUAGGUUCGGAAUAGUGAGUAUAUUGGUUUUAAAAUGAUAUAUAUUUAUUUUUUUUUUAUUCUGUAAACAACUUUUCUACCAGAAAUUUUGCUCUGACGUAUCAAAUGUAGCACGUUUUCCGAAAGGAAAUUUUAUCUAGUUGGUACUUUAGAAUGGUAAUUUUUUUGAUUUCCCAAGUGGUUUUCAUGAUAAUCGUGAAAAACCGGGAUAAUUUACAUACAUAUAUAAAAGAAACUUCGCUCCGAAACGGUUUUCGUUAGCAAUGGUUCAUCGUUGCGUACAGAUAUAAAUUAAAUUUCCCUCUAAAUCUUACUUUCCCAACUUGUCACCUGCAACGGUGGCCCGUCCAUCGUGCGAAGUAUGUCCGUCUUUUUUUUUUUUUAUUUGAACGGUCUACUGAUCUAUAAUGCAAGAAAUACAUUUUUCCUCUUCUUUUCGGUAUAGGAAAACAUUGCAUUUGCAUACGAUAUUAAAUCAGCCAGUUUUUAUUUAAUAUCCUAAAUGAAUAAUGAUUUUAAUGUAUUAAAUAUUGUACUCAAUAUAUACAUGACUACUGUAUGUACAGUGUAUUAGUGCUAUGCUUUUAUUAAGUACUAGUUGUAUUACACACGGCUCCGCCCGCGUUCAGUUUACACACUAAACUGCACACAUAAUAUUAUGUAAACUGAACGCGGGCGGAGCCGUGUGUAAUACAACUAGUACUUAAUAAAAGCAUAGCGCCACGAGGAAAAUAAUUUGCACGCAAAUGGAACGUUAUUCAACUCGAUUUUAUUACAUUGCAAUUAUAUAUUAUAAUUAGGUGUUAUUAUUAGAUAUUUCAACUAUAUAAUAUUAUUUAUAACUGUUAAAAACCAAAAAAAAAAAUAAUAAAAAACUACUCACGAGUCAGUUGCUAUUUAACAAGUAGUAGUGGGUAGGGUAUAACUACGCAUUUUACGAAAAUAUCGUGUUGCACCCCGAACCGCGUAGAUAGGUAGAUACACAAUAAUCAAUAACGAUUUUAUUAAUUAUUGUAUAUUAUUACAGAUAUAUUAUGCAUUUACGCGGCGAAUAUUAAUUAUUAAUGUCGUACAACAAUAUUAUACUCAGUUGGAGUAGUCAAUAAUAAUAGAAAAUACGUUUAUACAUUUUUAUAGUAGGCACAUUUACAUUAGUGCGCGCUCGUUUAUAGUAUAACAAUUCAUAGAAAAUACAUAGCGUUCAGUUUACUAUAUUCUAAUGGUAAAGCGUAGGUCGUACGUCAUGAUUUUUUUUUUUUUUUUUUUAUGAAUGAACACGAUUUUCAUGUUUACGAUGACGUAUUAUAAAUAUAAUGGCAUUGGAUUUCUAUGACGCAUGCACAGUUGUUAUCCGCGUAUACAGUUUCUGCAGUGAUUCGAUGGUUUUAGUUUUUUUCGUUGCCCAUUACUCGCGUUCAGAAAUGGUAUAAAAUACACAGGUAGUCAUCUAUAAAUAUGAUACCGUGUAUUGUUGAAUUGUUUAUACUCUAUUUUAUUCGGUUUAAGAAUGUCCAAUUUAAAAAAAAAAAAAACUUUCACGUCCACUGCCGACAGUGAGCGCUGUCGUUGAAUGUUGUCGUGGCACCACAACAGUGGUCACUGUCGACAGCAAAUGCCAACGGUUAUGCGCGGGCCGUGAACGCGUUAGUAAAAAAAAAAAAAAAUAUCGGGCAUUCUUAAAUGGAAUAGAAUAUAGUAGGUACUACACAUUAAUUUUCAACUCGAAGAGUCUUACACGUGGUUUUUAUCUACAGUUCUCAUAUUAUUGCAAUAGUAAUUACGACUUUGUAUACGUAAAAAAAAGAAAUUAUUAUAUUAUUAUUUAGGUGCCUAAGUUAUAAUGAACGUAAAGUCACCGUAAUGGAAAUGUUAAAACUUUUAAACUAGAAUAUAACAAUUAUUUUUGGUCAAAUUUUAUAAAUGUUGAACAUAUUUUAAUUUAAUUUUCACUUUACAAAGUAAAUGUUUAAAUUAAUUUCCAAGCUUACAACUUGAAUCGUAAGUUAGGUUAAGUUAUGUAUUGUACAUUUUACAGUUAAAGUGCUGAAUAACGUUAUUUUCCGAAAGAUAGGUGGUAAAUUAGAAUAUUUGAAGGUUUGUUGAUAAUUCAUAAUUAUUAUUAUUUAUAACAAUGAAUCUUUGCGUACUAGUUGCGUCCCGAAUAAAAAGGUAUAAUAGUAAUUUCGUCUCGUGUUUUAACGAUGCAGUUUUUUGCAUUGUUUGUUUGCUGCUUGGUUGAAAAAUCGCCAAUAAUUUUUGUUUAUUGUACUGCAGUAUACUUUACCAAUGGAUAUUCAAUAACCGAAAAAUAGUUUUAAAUAAUUUUUCGCCGACUCUGGAAACUUUGUUGUCGAAAAGCGUAUUUAGUUGUCAAACAAUUGCAGUAGACAAUAUCUCCAAAGCAGUUUAUCCGCUAAACCAGUAAACAGGCUGCUCAAACACGCCUGAUUUGAUAAAUUAUCUAGUAAUUACCUAUCUCAUGAACUAACCGAUUCAAUACUUUAACUGUAACACGUAUGAUGACAGCUAUCGUCGUUAGCGCUAAUAUAAAUGUUAAACGAUAAAUUAUAACAUUUUUGUUCCGACAGUCAAGGUUGAAAAAUGAGCGCUUCGGCAUAACAUACUGCAGUGGACCUCCCUGCAUUAUCGUGUUUGUGUACCCGGGCUAUUGACAGAAGUCUCAAUAUUGGCGUAAGCUGUUAUAAUAAUACCUACUUGUUAAAAUUAUUUCAUUUUUUCUCGCUAUAGUAUACAAUAUAUCCGAAUAAUAAUUAUUAUUCUAAGCUCGAUUUAAUACGAGCAAACUACACUAGACAGUUUUAGUUUGAAUUGUUAUACGUGCCUACCAAUAUUCUUGUAUUUUUAGACAUUGGCUUGUAAUGCAAUUAAAUUAAAAAUGUUUUGUUUCGACAAAAAAAAAAAAAUUAUACUGACAUAUCCGGGUCUGAAAUAAGUGGGAAAAGAAAAACAUAUAUAUAAAAUUCUAAAUGUUUGAUAUCGGCUAUCUCGUUUAUAAUGUGCCGAAUAAUAAUGCUAUUGACGGUGGUUCAUCUCUCGGUUCAGUAGUCGACCACGCGUGCCUGUAUAUAUCAUUGAGUAUGGUCGAAUUGCAUUUGGGUUAAAAAAAAAAUCCCUCGAAAACUGUUGAACUGCACUCACAACACUCGCUGAUCAAAAACAAGUAAAUAAUGGUCGAAUUUCACUCAAGUCAAAAAAAUGUUGGAAAAAAAAAACAAUUUAGUUUAUGUUAAAAAUAAAUACCCAAUAAUUAAUUAACAAUUUAAUUUUUGGCGUGAAUAAACAUGAGUUUUAAUAAAUACGCAAGUUGUAUGCCAGUCAUACAUAUAGCGGUCAUUGAGUUGUUUAAAAUGACUACUGUUAAAUCCAAAUGCUGUACAUAUUUAUAGUGAACACUUUUAAAUUCGGAGGAUUCGGAAAAUAAUCUUUUUUCGACUUCCACGCGUUUAAUUCGACCGUUCGGUCUUUUUUUUUUUUAAAAAAAAAAAAACCCAAAGAAGAUGACGGUAUUAUAACGACGCGCUACACGAGCGUGUGUAUACAAAAUACACUAUACCUGUGUUAGCAAUCACGCGUUACACACUACCUAAACAAUAUUUUCAUUAAUAAAAAAGUGAUUGUACGGCGGCGGCGGCGGCGGACUCGCUGCUGAAUGAAAAUAUCGCGACGAGGACGCGCCGACCAGGUAUUAUACAGGUACCUAUUAUACCCGUAACGACGAACCGCACACACUCGAAACCCGCAGCACAUGGUCCGCUUGAACCGCGGUUGCGGUAAUGGGGUUAGUCAGUGGCCGGAGUCUCGGAAUCGGGAUGCGUCAUCGACGCACAACGACGCGACGUCGUACGCAACGGAUCCAAGACAUCGUGGUAAAAAAGCCCAUGAUUCAGUUUUCGUCUAAACAUCGUCGCAAUCGUACCGUUCGUAUAUAAUAUCGUACUGCAGUGUUCGCGACAGUUGUAAAUAACAAAGACAAUUUUGUCUCACGUUUUAACGGAAAACAAACCGACGCCCUCCCCUAUAACCAGCCGCCGAAACGCGAUUCACCCGCGUUAUGCGAACAACCGGACCGGAACCAUCGUUCGUUAUUACGCCGUUACGUUUCACGGCGACGGUCAACAGGGCCGGUGCUCGCGAACCACUAGGGAUGGCGGACGUCAAUUGACGGGCCGCUAAUCAUAAACCGCCGGACGCGAGAUUCGCGCAACAGCUUUCGGACGUUCCGGACGUCGUGUUGACAGCGGCCGGAAAUGUCGUCGGCGGUCGACCGCCGCCGCGGCCGCCGGUAAUGUCGUCCGCGGUUGACCGCCACGGCCGCCGGUAAUGUCCGACACCGAAGACCGUGUCAUUGUCACGACGACGGCUCCCGAAGAUCGCUGCGGUUCCGCCGACGUCGUCUUGCCAAACGGUGAGCCCUGCAACCACGCAUACUGUGUACUAUUAUAUUAAUGGCCGGUUUCACCAUGUUAGAGUUAAAGGGCGGAUCAAUGAACUUUGAGUUACCAAGUUAGCCGUUUCCGUUUCAUGUUUUUGGAUUGGAGUUAGUUAAUCGCGCGAGAUUAGCUCCUUAAUGACUGUUUCUUCUAAGUUCUUUCCGCGGUUUUCGCUGAUAACGUCGAUAAAAAUGAUAAUAUUGACGAUUUUUUAAAAAUGAAUUGGCCGCGAUUGUUGUGAAUUUGUGUUAUUGCAGUCAAGAUUAUAUACAGUAAUUAUUUGGAUUUUGAUGAUCAUUUUUAUUUUAAAAUGGAUGUUUUCAAUAAACGAAAAAAAAAAUGUUAAUUUUAAUAAUAGAGAAGACGUUAUUGAAUUGGUGACGAAAAAUAAGCUUAUUAUUGAAAAUAAAAACAAAAAAGACGUUCUAGGAUAAUGGGGACGGGUGCAGCCACUGUUAUAGAUAAUUUAAUGUCUACCGUAAGCAACGAUAAACUAAUGCUUACGAAAAAAUGAUUCUGAGCGGAGUUCAGUUGAUAGUGAUGCGUUGUAAACAAUAUAUGUAUAUAUUUCAUUUUAUAGUAAAAUAAUUAAAUAGGCUUUAUAUAUUUUUUUUAAUAAUAUUUGUUUAAUGUAGUACCGAUUUUCUCAAUUUUCCUACGUUUUCCCAUGUUUUAUCAAGGUUUUUCAAGAUUUUUUCAAAACUUUUGAGAAAAUCGAAAAAUGACUUUAAACACCUCCCUACGCCGAUUUCCUUUCAGAAAAGGUGAUUAACAGAUUGAAAAAAAAAAAAUAAACAUCUUUGUAAAACUAUAAGUUUCUUCGCUCCACUCAGAAUCUAAAAGAGGUGACUAAAACUAUAAUGCGGAAAGAUAAGUAAAAAUGUCGGUUUUGAUAUUCGAAAUCGAUCUCUAAAAUUUCGAUCGUCAUACAUUUCAUAUUAGUUUACUCUUUCAUUGAAGAUUCUCAGGCGUCGUUGCAUUACAAUAACUAUUUCAUCGACAAAUUAUCAAAUAUUGAUCUACGAGCCAUUAUUGCGAAAAGUUAUAGGUACUGAAGUACUUGAAAUGAAAUAUUAGUUUUAGAAAUGCAGACGAAAAAUUAUAAUAAAUGAUAAUACGAAGGUAAAAAACUGAUAUCAUAAUAUGGUCUUAACUAAGUCGUUAACACUCAGAAAUACCAGAGGGUUAAAAUAUGAGAGUUAAGAUUUCCAUUAACUUAGAGUUACCACCUAAUUCCAGGUGGUGACGUUUUUUUCCGUUAAAUCCGGGUUAUCAGUAACUUAUAUUUUAACUCUCGACGGUGAAACUGGCCAUCAUAAGAGAUUUCGAUGUUGCGUAUUUGAAUUAUUCGUCUAACGCGCGCUCGGCGCAGCGAUUAUUAAUCCGUUUUUUCGGCAAUCAGUUCGACCGAUGAUACGAAGCGAUAAGGAUUCUGGAAACGGAUUUGAAUAAUUCAACGUUAAGUGUACGUGAGGUCGGUCGGUCCCGAUUCUAGCGUACGUUUACUUUUUUUUUUUUAAUUAAGAUGUUACGGGACGGUACUUUAUUUAGCUUUUUUUUUCAUGAUUAAUUAACAUACCUAUUUUUUUUUCAUUUAUAACAAAAAAAAAAGCUGUUUACGAAAUGUACACAAGUACCACGGCCAUCUUAUAGUUCGUGAUAAAUGAUAAUAAUCAAAUAUCAACAUUGAUCGACCGAACGGAAAUAAUUUUAACCGCAAAUUAAUACAGUGUAUACAUUAUGCAGGCCGAGUCGGGUUAAAGAUUGUGGGGACCCGGGGGCCCAUAAUAGUACAAACGAGAACAAAUAAGCAAAAAAGAAAUCCGGGCCUGACAUUGUGUAUUAUUUUAUCUAUAUUGACAUAACCAAACCUUUUCCGCAAAAAAAACAAACUUUUUACAUAUUAAUUUGACCAUCCAAACGUGCAUUAAAUUUACAUAAUAUUGUGUUACGUGUUCAUCACUAUUAUAUGAAUAAUGAAUAAUGUCGAAUAUCCUAUUGAAUUGUUAACAAUUAGGAACAUUUUUCGAUAACCGAAAAAGCGUUUUACAUAUAAAGGAUCUUAAGGAGAAACUGUUGAACAUUUAAAAAGUUGCUUUAAGCAAAGUACCGCCGGAUGGAAAUUCCGCGGUAAUAAUCGGUUUUUAAUUAGGUAAGGACGCACAAUUUGUACGCGUCAUCAGCCUCUAUACUUUUUCUUUUCCGAGCACCACCUAUAUAACGGUAUACUCGUAGAUUAACCACUCACCAACAUCAAUAGGUAUCUGGUAUCUAUAUUCGAGUUUCAGUUGUUAUAAAGUAAAUUUACAAUACACGCAAUCUAUGUAUUUGUCGGCGGGACAAUUUUGUCAUUUUAAAAAAAUAAAGUCGAACGUUGUUUAUGGGGAAAAAGAAAAAUCCAAUUUAAAUUUGAUUCAAUUCCGAUUAAUGUUUUUGUUUUAAUAAUUUUACUGACAAUGCAGAUCCGCUGGACUGGACUAACGAACACAUAGCGUCGUGGUUGAAGUGGUGCGUGAAGCAAUUGGAAUUGUGGCCGAUUCCGAGAUCGGAAGAUUUUCCAAACUCCGGUUACGAACUGUGUUUAUUGGACAGAGCAGAGUUUGACCGUCGAUCCCGGAACAGACGUUCCGGCCGAUUGUUAUUAUUGCAUUUGUCAUUACUCCGACAACCUGUUACCGGAACGCCACCAAGCCCUAGCCUUACAACACCGGACGAUGGUAAAUACCCACUAUAAGUACGGCUAGCGAAACGAGAAGCGUGACCGCCGCGUGCAUGUGUGGCAAAUUUUCGUAUUCGGGUUUCUACCACUGGUGGUUAGUCGUCCGUGUAUUCACACUAUGCAUACUGUUGUUUAUAAUAUAUAUCUAUAUGACUAUAUAAUGCACAUUUAGUAAAGGAUACUCAAAGUUCGUCCAAGAGCAGUUGAAGUACAGCUAUAUCAGCUAUUUGUUAAAAGCGCGACGCGGCUCACGUAAACAUUGGAACAUUUAGAACCCCUGGGACUGCACGAAAAAGGCCGCCAUGCGCGCGACGGUCACGCUUCUAGUUUCGCAGGCCUUACUAUAAUUAUAUAUAUUUAUAUGAACACUAUUAUUGUAAAAGACACAUUAUUACAAUGCAGCCAAAAAAUCGCCAACUACCCACAAUAGUGCCCCCCCCCCCCCCGGUGUCAGCGGUUUUUUUUCUGCUUGCAAAAAACUGUUCGAAAAGGAAUCUUGUUUUGAUAUAGAAUGUAAUACCAUUUUGGAAGGAAAUUUUCACUAGUUGGUGCAUCAAACAGUACAUUUUUUGUUUUUCCUGGGUGUUUUCAAAUAAAUGGAAAAAAAAAAAAAUUGAUUUUUAUUCAGAUUACAAUAUUUAAAAUUGUUAAGAUUAUAUUUAUUUAUUAGAAAUCUUUGUCCAAAUUUCAAGAAUAGUAUAUUUUCUGAAAGAAAUGUUGUCUUGUAAGAAGUCUGAGCAAGAAAGUUGUUGUUUAAUUUUAUUUUUACUUUUCCUUGAAAUUUACGAAAAAAUGUUAGAAAUAUGGCAUAAUGUACAGCAUUUGAGUUUUUUGUUGUUACUCGGGUAAAAAUUGCUGUAAAGACAUGCAGUUUUUACAAAAUACUAAUAUUGGUCUUUUGUAGACGUGAUUAAACUCUAACUUUUAUUAGGAUAUUUAUAGGUAUUUGCUAUUUUUGUGUUUUAUAUGUAUUUUUAUUUGGUAGGGAUCUGUUAUUAAAGUUGUAUGACUUGAAAAUUUAACACAAGGUACAUUAUAAGUUGUACUGAGUGACCUAAAAACAAAUUUGAGUUUAAUGCAUUAGUUUUUUUUUCAUAAGCGUAUUAAGAUCAAAUUACUGCAUUUCAAAAUAUGUUUCACCGAACUUCGCUCCGAAUUGUUUUUCAUGAGCAAUGGUUUAUAGUACGUGCACAAGUGUGUUUUAAGAUUUGUAUACGUGUUUGAAAAUAAUUUUAUUUCACUCCUCUUCAUAAAAAAUCCUGAAGGUGUCAUUAGUACCCUUUCAAUUUUAUUUAUCCUCAUUAUUACUGUUUAUAGGUAUAUUGAAUAGGUAUAUAAAAAAUUAUAUGUUAUUCAAUUGUUUUUGGAUUUUACUUAUUUUUAAGCUAUUCCUAUUUCACACUUAUUUAGUUUAUUUUUGGAUUUUAUAUGAAUAAAAUUGUUUUUACCGAGUAGAAAUGCUUGAAAAUGAACAAAAAUUAUCUAUAGCUUUAUGCCCUAAAAAUUGCGAAAAACUAGGAUUAGACUUUUAACUUCAAAAAAAAAAUUUUCUAAGGCGUUACGAUGAACAUUCGAUUUUUUAUUUUAUAUUAAUUGUAUACUGCAGUAUAUUAUAAUGCAAUUAUUGAACAAUAUUAAUCAGAUUAGCGUAAUUAUUUGCUUCGAGUUUUUUGACGGUUUUGAUUUACUAUGUAUAACAGUUUUAUGCGUUUUAUCAUUGUCCUUUUUUUUUCCCUUUAGAAACCGUCAUUGUCGUUGACAAGCUUAUAUAGUAGAAAUAGGGAUAAAAAUCCCACCGGGUCUAGAGCGUAAUAUAUCACAGAGGGACACAGGUAAUCCCCUUUAGGGCACGCUGUCGCUUAACCUCGACCAUUAUUGCUUCUCGACAUUUGACUUUUAGAUUACUAUAGCUUUUUUUUUUUUUAUCCUUAUAUAUACCUCCUCCCGAUUUUAUUAUUGUAAGGAUCUCUGAGGCACAUGAUUUAUGCAACAGCCGCUCCGCAGAAAUAAAAUAAUACUAUAUACCGUGUGGACCGUUUUACUUUCCACGUUGCUUUAGUAUGGUCUCGGAUCUACAGAUCGAGUAUACGUUUAACCUGCAUAUUAUAAUGAUAAAGUCAUAUGUUGUAACAGUUCGUGCAAAUUUGAUUAAUUUCCUUUGGUAUUAAUAAAAAAAAUACGUAAAAAUAUACAAUAUUUGAUCUUUUUCUACUUUUGUUGUAUAUUGUAAGUAAUAAACCAUUUUUUUUUUUUUGUUGUACGAUAUUUCAUGUAGUUUUUUUUUUAUUUGUGUCGUUUAAUAAUAACUAUAAAUUAAUAAGUUUUAAUUUACAAUUUAACAGUUUUGAGCUAAUUUUAAUAUAUAUAUAUAUAUAUAUAUACAUACAUUAUACAUAUAUUUUUUUUUAACUGAGUACAUUUUUUUGUUUGCUAAGCACAAUUUUGCCGUUCAUGAAUAUCGUGGUCACCAAAAUAUAUACACAUUAUUAUAUAAUUUUCAUAAAAUAUUAAUAGACAUUCUGAAAUAAUAAGUAUAGUAGGUACUUGAAAUUAGAUUUAAUAAAAAACCGACUUGCAUGUUAAUAAAAUUGUCGUUUUAUUUAAUCCGUUUAUUAUUUUUAAUAUCCUUUUAUUUUACUGCUUUUGUUUAAUAAACAGCAGUGGUCAAACAUUUUUAAUGUUGGCCCAAAUAGGAAACAUAUUGAAUAUCUGGCGGUUUAAGUAGCUGGCAAAAUUAACACAAUUGAGUUUUAUACACGUAAAUAGCAUAACUUCAAUACAAAUAUCGGGGCUAGGAGCUUAUACCCCCAUUUAAUCAAUAUUAUAAGACACCUCUCCGACACAAAAAUAUUUGAGCUAUUCGUGCCUAUCAUAAAAGUGAAUAAAGAAAUAGUAAUACAUACAAAAAAUAUAUAAUAUCACCAGUAAAUUUUUUGUCAAGAAUAAAAUCGACAAGGUAUAAUCAACAGGGGGCGCUAGGGGCGAUCAUACCCCCUCCAAUUUACUUUACUUUACUUUUAGGUUAAUUCAUCAUUGAGUUCGUCAAAAAUGCAUUUUAAAAAUCACCCACCCCUUUUUUAUCUUGUCCUGGGUCCGCCCCUACAAGGUAAAUACUUAUAAUGUAAUAUAAAAUAAAAACACAAAAAUAAAAUUAUUGUAUUUUCAAAUUAUAAUCUAAUUUUAGUUAGUUGUUUAUUAAGGUUAACACAUGUAUUAAUUAAAAUGCAUGAAAUUUUAUUUAUAGUAUAAUGAUUGUUUUCUGUUAUACUCAUAUUAUUAUAGCUAUAUUUUUUUUCAUAGAAAAAAACUGAAUACUAUUUCUAUAUAGUAUAUAACUAUCACAUCCGCCAAUCAAUAAUUUAUCAAAUUUUGAAAAUAAUAUAUAGCUAAAUAAACGGGUAGGAGGGGGUAAGAGAAUAAUUACGUUUUAAAAAAAAUUUUGAAUUUGUCGAGGGCAAUGGAAUUACAUCGCUAGCAAGAAAGGAAGGAAAGUAUAAAACGGAUGAUAGCGUCGGGAUUUGUAUCGGUGUAAUAUUUUUUCAUUGGUCGCUUGGGAAAAAGACACUAGUUCUUUUUAAUAAUAUAGUUAAAAAAUAAUAUUAUCUAUUAUAUAAUGUACACGAUUCAACCAACAUUUGAAUACUUUUAUAAUUAUUUUGACUUUCAUGUUCUCAUAACAUUGUUGUUAAAUAAUAUUUGUUCAUAUGUAUGUAUACCAAUUACCAAUAUAUAUAGUCGCAAGUAGCCCAAAUAAUUUGGGGAGGCUUAAAAUCCCAUAUCAUUGAUUAUGAUUAUGAUUAUUAUUGAUUUAGGGUAAAAUUUAUUUGAUAAGGACUCGAUUUGGAAUUGGGAUUUGCUGAGUUUUGGGAAAACUAAGCCCCCUUAGUCCUACUAUUUGCGUCUGUGAUACAGUAUGAACUGCUAUUGAUUAAUGUUUAAUUAUAUGUAUCCAUAUUAUUAUUAUCUUAUCAUCGAUUUUCGAUGUUUUCUAGCUGUAAAUCAUACACAUAGUCUAGUCGAAAUAAAAUUAAAAAAAAAAAAAGAUCAACUUCAGAAUUAAAGACCUUUCGUCUUUACUUUUAGAUUUUGAGUAGAGUAAGGAAUGUAUUGGUUUUAAAAUGAUGUUCAUUUUUUUCUUUCUUUUUUUGUAUCUGUGAUCAAUUUUUCUACCAGAAAUUUUGCUUCAGUUUUCAAGUAUAGCAUUUUUUCUGAAAGAAAAUUUUUCUGGUGUGGUAGUUUAAAAAGGUCAAUUUUUAAUUUUCCCAGCGAUUUUUUUAAUAAAUGAAAAAAGGGAAAAUGUUCAAAAUGUAUUUUUUUUAAAUUGUUAAUAUUAAGGCCUUUUAAAACAUAUAUAACCGAACUCUGUUCACAAUCGUUUUUCGUUAGCAAUAAUUAAUCGUUGCUUACUGAUAUACAUUAAAUUUCCCCUCUACUUUUCUAACUUCUCACUUAUAACAGUGGCCCACCCACUGUGUGAAGUAUGUCGGUUUGUUUUAUUUGUUAUAAAUAGGUUAAAAAUAUUCAUAGAAACCUGUCGUUUUCAUAGAAUGUACAUAAAUUAGUCCUUUCUAGGCCUAGACUAGUAUUUUCUCGUACCGACGCCAACUCCCUGUAGUUUCGCACUUCUAAGCUUUCCGAUUCUCUCACAGCUUUGUCCAGCCACCGUUGCCGUUUAGGUCUUCUUAUAGGCGCCCUUUAUCCUCGAGGAACGUUUACACGUAAGUAACGGGUACUAUAGGCACUGCGGUUUAUCUACCUAUAACCGACUUACGGUGUGACGUGUGGUAUAUUAUAAUGUAAUAAUAUGCAAAGCGCCGUAUACUAUACUGCAGUCGUUUAAGUCGCGAAGUGUUACGCGGUUACUUAUUUAGAGCCGUCGCUCGCGAUAUUAUAAUAAUAAUAAUAAUAAAUACGGCGGGAAAAACGGCCGGAGUAAACGCUCGAGUAUAUCAUUGCGGCGACCCGCCUUUGGCAAGUGGACUGGGCGGAGAACGACAAAAGCGAAAGAAAACGUACACAAUAUUAUUAUAUUACAGCAUCAGCCGUUUUAAUAAUAAUAACAAGCGGCGGCGGCGACGGCGUUCGUUCGUAUAUUAUGUAAAGCUCAUCUCACUCUCUCUCACUUUCUCCCCUUCUCUCCCCUUCUCUCUCUCGCUCUUUCUCGCUCUCCAGCCUCCGCGUGAACGCGUGAAUGGAUAGGAGACGAAAACUACUAUAAUAUAAUAAUACUGCCUACUAUAUUUACUAGUCGCGGCCGUCGAAUACACGGAGAAAACGUGGUUUAAUAACGUCAGCUUGUAUAUAUAUAUAAAUACACACACACUGCUGCAUCGGAGACCCCCUCCCCGUGCAGUGUCGUUCGGCGCCGUCAUUAUUAUCAUCGUUAUUAUUAUUUCACCCUACAUAUAUAUACAUAGGGCAUAGCGGUGGCUCUCGCAGCGAAGUGCAAUAAAGACGCACUGCACAUUGAAUAUGUUAUAAAUCAAAUUACAAUAAUAUAAACGCGUCUUAGAGUAUAAUACGUAUCGCAUUAUAAAAGUCAAAACCCCGCGUUGAUCAUGACGUAUACGAUAGGGUGACCAUGAAAAUAAAAAAAAUACGAGACAAAACACUGAUAAGAAAAAAAAAUUAAAAAUUAACUCGUCACCCGUUUUUAUACACCUGUGUCUUCCGUUUUCCGUUUGUAUAACAAUGAGCGAAACAAAAUAUAAUAUAUGUUUAUCUGCAAGUCCACCGCGUUCAAUAGAAAAUACUGAUUUACAUAGUGUACAAAAUGUUUUUUCAUCUCAUCAGCGUCUUUUAAAAAAGGACAUUCUGAUUUUAGUUAGGUUGAAGUUAGAUGGUGAAAAUGCCGCUUCUUUUUUGGUGUUAUUAUGAAAACAAAUAUUUAUUUUUAUCGAGUCGUAUACUAAACUGAACAUCUGUUGUAAACAAAAACUAACAACAAAUUGCAUUUACAUAGAUAUAAUAUUUUUUUAUAAAUAUUAGGAAAUACCUAUUUGUGAUAUUGACAUAGAUUUACUGUAAACAGUUCAAGAUAAGAUAUUCAUUUGUGCGUAUUACAGUAUACCCACUAAAAUGGUCAAAAUAAUAAACUAAGAAUACCACUGUUAAGUAGAGAUUUAAUGUCUUUAAGACAUCACAUAAAUUUAAAAAUGUAUACAUUAACAGUAAUGUUAAAACAGGAUUAAUACUGGACAAAAAGCAUCCCGUAUAACUUUGUCGGAAUAACGGGACAAAAAGUUGAAAUACGGGACAAUCCCGUUUUAUACGAGCGUAUGGUCACCCUAUCGUAUACUAUACGGUAUCUCUUGCAGAUCACCCCUUCCUUAAAACAUUUUGAUUUUUAGAUCCAAUCAAUUAGAUUUUCUAAAGCUGCAAAGCAAUUCAAUUGCUUUUGAUAUUUAAUUGAGUUAAAUAUAUUCCAGUUAUAUAGUUACUUUGAUUUAGUAACUUAGAUUAGUUGGAAUACUUACUACGAAUAGUAACUCGUUAUAUUAAUAUAUAGUGACUUACGUAUAAACAAAGUAACAAGUUUAUAGUUACUUAAAAGAUAAUUUUGUAAUUAUCGGAUAAACUUCAAAAGUAUAAAUAUUUAAAAUUUGAAUAAUUAAAGAAGGAAUACUUAUCCGAAUUAAAUGUUAAUAAUAAAGAUAUUCUCGACAUUUCUGUUACUAAUAUUAAAUCUCUUAAUCAUUGAAAAAUUGGCCGCAAUAAACAACCAUGGUAGCAUGGUAGCAUGGUAGCAUGUAUAUAGGGUUUAUAUGUGAUACAAAUUUGAAAUUAUUCUUAUCAUUGUCCUAAUUGGUGAUAAACCUAAUACAAUUAUAGAACAUAAUGAAUAUUAUUAUUCAAUAUUAUGAUUUUAAAAUUUUAAAAUACAUAGUUAAACUUUUUAAACUACAAUUAAAAUGAAGUAUAUUACUCGUUACUCGUGUAACGUUUUUAUUUACAAAAUUAGUAGGUAGAAAAAGCAACGAGUUAGUAUAAUAUUUUUGUAACUUAUUACUUUUUAACUCGUUACUUUUCAGCUUUGGGUACACUUAUCAGGUCUUUUGUUAAUCAAAUAAUUUCUGUAGGAAUUCACUUCCCCAAACUCACAUUCAAAUACCGGUAUUAUAAGAUUUUAGUUCAUUUUUUUCACGGAUUCCGAUUUUUGUCGAUUAUUUAAGCGUGUAGAAAACAACGUGUAACAUUUUACCUAAAAAAAUAAUAUUGUUUAAAUUAUCAGUGGAUACUUUAAUAAUUAUACAAAAAAAAAAUAUACUUAUACGUGUAUAAUGUAUACAUAUUGUAUUAUAUGUUAGUACCUACGUUGUAUUAAAUUAAAACUGGAUAAAAGGGUGGCCAACAGAAAAUAACUACAGUAUAUAUAAAUAUACUGUUAUCGAUGAUGGAGAGUGCGGAUUAAACGGAACUAUUAGAUUCGUAUAUACAUAAGCUGGACGAGGAAGUGCGUUGCCAAAGAAUGGUCUGAGUAUACGUAUCUAAAUCGGCGAAAUCCGCUUAUAUGCUGCACAUGAGAGAUCGACGAUUGCCACUGAUUGUUUCUGUAACUCGAACACACGACAAACCGGUAAAGUCGUAUCUACACUGUACUAUUAUAUAUAUCCUCUAGGUGCUAUAGUGGACGUAGGAAUGAACAGCAGUGUAUAUAGUAUUAUAGUUCUCUACGAAAAUGGGAAAAGACAUGCGAAAAAAAGGACUACGGUCAACACCCUAGAGACUCGAUAACAGUUUUAACCCCUAUGCGGUGGUGUGGAGGAUAACAUCGGUCCUUUUGUUAAAAAAUGACCUCUUUUAAUCAAAGACCCUUCCGAUUUCAUUUUACCCAUUAAAUCCGUAGUAUACACACACAUAGUAUACAUCACACAUAUCACGCCAAAACGCUGCGAAACGUUUUUAGAAACUCAGAAAAGAAAACGAAAUUGUUCGGUUCCUUCAUUUAAACGAACGUUUCCAAAAUACUCCUAUAUAUAUUUACUGUACUUUAUUUAGUACAUAAUAAUGAUCGAAAUAAAUGCACAGCAUAAUAUGUUUUCCAAUACCUAUUCUUUUUUCAUCAAUACGAUUUAAUAUAAAGUGUCCACUUUUGAUAUUAGUCUAAAACUGAUUAAAAAAUGUUUGUUAAAAAGUUGUGCAGGACGAAAAUUUAUAUAUGUUUGUAUGAAAAGAGCCCAUUUUUAAAUUUUUUAAGUUUGGCCCCAGGAUAUAAUGGACCCUUAAUCCGGUCUUGCCUAUAAAAUAAUUUUUAACCAGACGUCUUACUCUAAUUAUUAGCUUCAGGGUUAGCUCUGCAAGAAAUUUAUCUAGUUAGUGAAACAUAAAGAUCUUAUUUAUAUUUUUCUUGCACUUUUCUGAAUGACAAGAAAAAAUCAAUAAAACAACGUCGGAAAAAAUGAAUUGUAUACAAUAAUGGCUUAUAUGGUAAAUUUAAAUUUGGUUUCUUUAUUGUAAUUCAAUGGAAAAUAAUUGUGAAGCACUGCAAUUUUAUCGAAUACUUAAAUUAGCACAUUUUAAAUCUGGUAUAAUUUUAAAAAUAUUCUAGCCUUUAUUGAGAUUUUUCUGAAAAUUAUACAGCUAUUUGAAUAUAUUCGAUGUCUUUUAGUUUAUUAAUUUUGUUGAUUUUACGUGGAUACAAAUUUUUAAACGCCGAACAUUUUACAUAAUGUUUUCUUAUAAUAAAAUAAAAACAUUAAACAUCUAUAAUUACAAUUUUAUAUAUAUUUAUGUGUGUACUAAUAACCACCACAUAUUAUAGUUAAAUAAAUAAAAAAAUCGAUAAAAUCAAGAGUAAUAUUGUAAUUUAUAUUUCAGCUACAAAUUAAUAAAAUGUUUAAUUUAUCUUUAUCAAAAAAUGUUAUUCCAAGCGUCAUUCAGAAUCGUUUUAUGUUGGCAAUAAUUUAUCUUUGCAUAUAAAUUAAACCGGUCGAUAAAAGGCAUAAAAAUGGCAUUUUAUCUUUGUCCCAGCUUGUUAUAAUCUUAUAAUAAUAUACUUUUGUAUUAAAAUUUGAGAUUUUGGGUUCGGUCCCUCAAAUGACUGUUUUCAUUUGGGUACCGAUUCAAUGAAUUCGUUAUGGAAAUUAUACUUAUGUACUUAUGUAAUUACAGUUAUAAUAUAAAAUGUUGCUAUUAAUGUAUAGUGUAUGCAGUGGCGUGCUGAACAUUUUUUAUAUUUGAGUCUACAGUAAAAAUUUAAGUUCUACCAACCCAAAAUAUGGAUUUUUAUAUCUCCAAAAAUAAUUUGUUUACAUCAAAAAUCUCAUUUAGCUACAUUGACUACAUAUUAUAAACUAUCAUAUACUAUCAUGUUAGGGUGGUUCUUAUUUGGGCGAUGGCGGAUUUUUUGUUUUAUGGCUUAUAACUUUAUUCUAAAAAAAAAAUUAAAAUAAAUACUGAACCAUAUUUGAGCUUCCUAGGACAAUUCUAAAGUUCUCUGUAACGCAGUUAAGUUUCCAAUUUAGUAUUUAAAAUAAAUGUAAUUUUAUUUAUAUAAGGCAUAUAGGGUUGACGAAAAAAAAUUGUCCUGCAUGGAAACGAUUGGGGUUAAGGUACGUUUUAAAUAGGGGGAAAAAAAUUAAAUUAUAUCGUGCAUUCCGUAUCAGUCUCUUACUGAUAAUUAUUAAUUUUUUCUUAGUUUCCUAAAAUAUCGUCAAUAUAUGCAGAAAAUCGAUGAUUUUUAGUGUGUCGCAUCUUUUAAAAUCAUAUGAGUAUCGAAUAUGGGUCACUUUGUAUCAAUUAAUAAAAUCACUGAAAAAGUGUUCCUAAAAUAGUCCAUAAUUAUUAAAGUUAUGUAUAGAUAAGUGGGUAAUAUACAUUUAUAUUUUCAAUGAAAUACUUAUUAGUUGAUACAGAGUGACCCAUUUUCGAUGUUCACAGGAUUUCCAAAGAUGUGUCACGCUAAAAUUCAUCGAUUUUCUGGAUAUAGGUAUUAAUGAUAUUUCAGGAAAUUAAGAAAAAAUGUAUAAUUAUCAGUAAGAAAGUGAUAUGGAAUGCCCGAUAUAUUUUAACUGUUUUUUCCCCUUAAAGCGUACCUCAAUAUCAAUCAUUUCCAUACAAGAAAAACAUUUUUCGUCAAUUCGCCUUUGUGUCUUUAUGCCUCAUGUAAACAAACUUCCGAGUAAACGAAAGACACGUGUAUUUUAAGGGAAAUAAGGGAAACUUUACCUCGUUACAGGGAGACUUAAGGAUUUUUCUAGGAAACUCAAAUAGGAUUCAAUAUUUAUUUUUUUUUUUUUCAAAUAAAGUUAGAGGGCGUCAAAAGAAAAGUUCCGUCAUUACCCAAAUAAGAACCAUCGUAAUAUUCAUAUAUAUAUAUAUAUAUAUAUCAAUAAUAUAAUACACCAAACUAAGAGCGUCUCUGGUCUCUAAACUAGUUAUUCAACAUUCAACAUAUUUGGUGACCCACUCACCCACCUGUUUUAGUCAUGAACCAAUUGCUUCGAAAAAACUUACUUCGGCACGCCACCGGGGGUAUGCAUUCUGAACUUGUCUGUAUAUUGAAAACUAUACCAAAAAUUGAUUUAAUAAGCCCUUCUUGAACGGAACCAAACAAACAUAUGAGUACAAUUUAUUAUUGCUCGUAUUAUAUUGCAAGAUGUCGAGAUAUAGUAAUAUUACGUACAUCGGGAUAGACGAAAAUCCUGUCGGCGAAAAUCGCACAUAGGCGUGGCUUGCCAGGAUACGCGCGGGGGCGUGUAGAAAAAUGGUGCGGUCCCCGGCCUAUCCGAGGGCGGCGUGUUUAAGCACCAGGUCCGCCAGGGAGGGAGGGGGACGGGCGAUCCGAUGUACACUGCAGAUUUUUCUUCUGGACGGAAACCGCCGUUCGUUACUCUCGGUCCGUCGUCGUUACACGCGCGCCACACGCAAUCUUUACACGCGCACCGCCGCAAGUCACGCGCAACGCACGCCGCCCGGUCGCACUUUGUCGUGCGUCAGAAACGCGCUCGAAUACACGCCGCGCGGAUACAGCAUUGCCGUGGACGCGCGCCGCCGUCGUCGUCCCAACACGACGCGUGUAUUGCAAUAAUUGUGUAUUAUAAUAAUACCACGACGAUGUCCGCCGGGACGUGAUCGCGCGCGUUCGUCCCGGACACCGGUACACUCGCGAACGUGUCGCGCCGCAGCGAAUAAAUAGAUGUGGCAACUGUCGGCUUGCGACCGGCAUGAUCUCAGGAGACACUUGCAAAUGGCCACCGCCCUCAACAGGGCCAAACCUUUCGGACAUUCGGCUCAACUGUUCUAUAACGGUUUGUCGGCUCUAUAUGGCUUUGUAUUGUAUACCAUGUAAUUAAAUAAUAAUAAUAAUAUACCAGUAGGUAUUAUAGUAUAUUGAUGCAAUAGUUAGGUUAGGUUAGGUUUCGUAUCAAAAGCGAAAAUCUCGGUUGAAUAGAGCCCUCCCCUCCCCCAGAGGUUUAGUCAAAGGGUAGAACCGGGCCUACCCAAAAAAAUUAAACAAAGAAACAGAUAGUCACAUAUUACGUCCCGAACAAUGUCCCUUUUUUUUAUUUAAAGUGGAAUGAUCAGUUCUCCUAUAGUUUAAGUCUUCAAGGUCCGAGGGUAUGCUGUAGUUAUUACAAAUGAGAAAAUUUCUAAUUUUUUAACUACUUUUGCUUUUUUUUUUAUUGAGCAGACAUACUCGUAGGAUAAUACUUGAAGGGGAGGGGAUAAAAUUUAUUUUUAAAUCUUAUUGGUAUAACAUUUUAAUGAACAAACGUGUGUGAGAGAAAAACAGUAUUAUCACCGUGGAAGGCUUGUAUUCUUGAUGCGUUUCUAAAGUGCUUAAGUUUAGUUAAUUCUUAGGAAUGCCUCUCAACUUUCGGUAAAUGAAGAUCGCCACUUUAACUUUUAACCACUGCAAAUAAUAUAACAACAAAUAAUACAUAGACUACAUAGACCACGUUUUAUAAAGUGUUAUCGUACAACACAUGUGAACUGCAUCGAUUUACUACUAUUUUCCAUUGUCUCCAACAAUAACAAAACCUUUUUACAUUGUGCAGAUAUAUUAUUUGAAAAAAAAGUCAUCAGCACUUUUGGGCCUACCUAGGAAUAAAAUUCUAGCUAAUUUAGUAAAAAUCUUUAAGGACCAUUUGUAAUAGGUAAAUUGCACUUUGUCGUAGCAAUAAACAAUGCUCAAUAGGCCGUUAUUAUUCAAUUGUCCGGACCAUUUUAGGAGCCUUGUGAGAUUAAAAAAAAAAAAAUUAAAAAAAUAAUUGAAUCCAUAGGUUAUCCUAAACGGUGUAUUUGAACUUUGUUAUGUAUAUACACGAGUAUAAAAUGUAUGCAUUAUUUUUCUCGCAACUUUUAUACACUUCUAGCGGCUCCCCAUGGACUAAAUGAGUUCAAACUCAAGGAUUAUAACUAUUCUAUAGGCUUAUUCAUGUCAAGCACAUAGCCAGGAUUUUAUUCAGAGAGAGAGUCCAUUUUAAAAAAAUGCAAAAUAUGAGAAUAGUGAAUAAAAUAUUAAUUUAAUUUAAAACAAUUAACAUAGUCAAAAAAAAUUUCGCCGGAAGGAAGUCCGGAUUUUUUGCGAAUGGAGGUUUUUUUUUGAGACUCGUGAAAGUGUAAUAUUUUUAUUUAUACUUUUAUAAAAUUAUAAUUUUAAAUAGAAACGAAGAGAUCAAUCGUUUUAUAAACCUACGUGUGUGCGUUUACGUUUACGGACGUGAUAAUACACCUGUGUCCUGUAAUAUGUUUUGAUUAUACUUUUUAUCUCUUUAUUAUAUUGUUAUUUAUAGCAUUCAUAUUUAUGUAUAACACCAAUAAUAUUAUCAGUCAUAUCAAUUUUCAUUCGUCUUAAUUAUUAUUACUUUAAUAUGUUACAACUAAUGGCAAUGACUGCAGCAGUGUUAAUAAUCUGCCUAAUUAGUAUAAUUAUUGAGCGUUCAUUUUUACCUAAUUGAAGUUUAUUUUUUAUGUUAUAUAUACGUAAGAGUUUCGUAGUGUUAUAAAUAACGAGAAGUUAAAGUGUUCUACCUAUUUUCAUUAUUUUUUUUUCGGUUUUUGAUUAGUGACGAAUAUACUCAUAAAUAUAUGUUUAUUGUAUACUCCUUAUAGAAUUAUAAGUAGUGUUUUUUUAUAUCGUUGAACCCUUAUUAUUUUCCGAAUUAUUGACUUUAAAAAAAAAUAAUACAUACAAAUGUUGAUUAUUUAGGAAUGAGAACAGCUCUAAAAUGUAACAUUACCAUUAUUUAUUAUCACUCUCAUUUUUGGGGGUAAAAUUAAUAUUUACUGUUAUUUUCAAAUGGUAACCUACAUUUAAAGUUCCAUGAAUAGACAGAGUAUUAUAGUUUAAAUACAUUUUGGAGUUAAAAUUUUUGAUUUUCGACAACCUGUUCACAAGUUAUUUUCUACUUUUCAGUUUGAGUAGGGGGGAAGUAGUGGGGUAUCAUUUGUGUGGCGUCAUGGAGCUUGGCGUUUGAAUAGUGAAUAACAUUUUAGAAUUGCUUGUUCCUUAAAUUGUAAACAAAUUUUUUUGGUAAAUAACUUAGAGGUCAAUACUUUACGAAAUAAUGAGCGUUCAACGACAAAAGAAUCACUCUGUAUUUACCUUAAUAUCUAUAUUUUGGGUCAAGGAUGAUCAAAGUCAGUUUUAUUAAUUAACUUACGACUUAAAAGAAUGAAAUCUUUGGUCAGAUUGGUCGUCACUUUAAAAAUAGCAUGCAUAUUUUUAUUUUUCGACAGUUAAUCAAUUUCUUGUAAUUUUUAUAACCGAGCUAUGCCUCUCUCUAUAGCAUAAGAAAAUAUGCAUUAAAUUGCAUAUGUCCUAUAUCAAAUUUUCAUACAAAAAUGUGUUUGAUCUUUUUAAACCAGAGGUUCAACAAGAUUUAAUAUUUCGUUGGAAGUCUUAAUAUUUGGCUACAUUUUUAAUCACAUUUGGUUUGAAAUUUAGAUGUGGGAGAGUCAUAUUAUCAACUUUAAGAGCCUAUGUGCCACAAAAUAUUUAUCUGCAGUAUGAAAAAGACGGACAUAUUUCACAUGAUGGAUAGGCCACUGUUGUAGGUGAGAAGUUGGGAAGGUAGGAUAUAGAGGGUAAUUUAAUGUAAAUCUGUAUACAACGAUUAAUCAUUGCUAACGAAAAACAAUUCUGAACGAAAUUCAGUUAUACACGUUUUAAACCACUAAGUACGACUUAGUAGUGAAUCUCCUGUUAAAUUUUCAAGCAUUUCUGUUUGGUCUAAUAAUUUUAUCCACAGAGUAUAUACUACCCACCCUAUACAAAUUAUGUAAAAAAACUAGCAAAAUUAAAAUGUCUUUAAAUAGCUCAAAAAUGGCUCAAAUGUUUUGAAAAUUUGACCAUGUCUAGAAAAGAUAAAUAUAAGUUUUCUGUCCAAAUUUCAAAUUUUCAAGUCUCUAAGAACAUUUUGAGCUGAAUUAAAAUUAAAAAACAAAAUUUAAAAUAAUAAAAACAUUAUUUUCUAAAUUUUCUCGUUUUCCUACUUUUUUCCCGGUUUUCUCGAUUAUAAUGAAAACUGCUUAAAAAAUCAAAAAAUGACCUCCUUAGAGUACAAACAAGAUAAAACUCUCUUUAAGAAAUGGUGCUAUUCUUGAUACAUCGAAGCGAGAUUUUUGGUAGAAUUUUUGUAUACAGUAUGAAUAAAAAAAAAAAAUGAAUAUCGUUGUAAAACCAAUACAUUCCUCGCUUCACUCAGAAUCUGAAAUAUCACAUGAUUUUCUAGUGUAGUUUUAAAUAUCUUUUAAACGAUAUGCAUGGCUCAGUUUUAAAAAAAGAAACAAUUUUUUUAACUAUAACACAAUUUUACGGCACGGUGGUUCACAAAAAAUACCUACCUGUAAAAUUUCAUCAACAUCGGUGAAAAUGGAGGAGUUUUAAACUAAACGAAUUUAAUUAAAAAUUUGAUCUUUAAAGGCUUAUAAAAAUAAAUUACGACACACGAUAAAUUUGUUUUUACUCUUAAAUAAAUAUCAUAAUAUUAAACCUAAUAAACCUUAAAUCAAAUUUAUGAAUAUUUUUAUGGAGUCAAAAAUGAUUUAUUAACGUAAAACAAAAUAAACAAAGUCGAUAAUUUAAAAUAUCAAAAAUAUCUCAAGAAACGUCAGAAUAUUUUUAAAAUUCUAUGGAAUAUACUUACCUACCUAUAAAUAAUAUAAUACACAAUUCUUCCUACCCGUUUAUCAAAUUAUAUUAAUUUAUUUAACUGUCGAAAUUUUCGAAAAUAAAUAAUCGUUUUUCGAACGUUAUAAAUCAUUAUUAUGUACUAUAUAAAUUCAAUAGGAUUUGUGUUUUUUUUUCUUGUUUUUAAUUUAGAACCUUCCCCUGUAUGUUUUAUACAAAAGAUCGAAAAUACUUGUGUUUAUUUUCGUCGAAAAAGAUUACCGAGGAUUUUGGAACCCCCGCCGAGUUGUUUAUAAUAUAUUACGCAGCACUUGGGUCGUGUAUGGCGUUUAAUAUUCUUAUAUUCGACCGGGUCAACCCCUCAAUUUAUGUACAGGGUGAUUCAUUAAACGUAAACACUCGUCAUUUAGCAAAGUAUUGGCUUUUUUAAAAAAAGAAUUAGUUUGAAAAUGUAAGAAAUAAGCAGCUCUAAAAUGUUACAUUACAUUUAUUUUUAUCACCCUAAAUUUUGGGAGUAGGCUAUAGUAUACUUGUAUAUUAAAAAUUCCAUAAACAGAUGGAAUAUUAGUUUAAAUAAAUAAAUGUCAAAUAAAUGUUGGGCUUGAAAUUGUUGAUUUCUGUUAACUCGUAGACGAGAUAUUUUAUAUUUAAAUUUAGGUGGGGAGAGUAGUGGAGCAUCAUUCGUACGAAGGGUUCCAAAAAUAAGAAAAUGAAUUAGCGAUGUUUUUUUAUAGCAUUCUUUAAGACGAUUUGGGUUCUUUAAUCAGUUAGUUUCAAAACGCACAAGAACAAGCCUAAAUUUAACCGGAAAAUAGCGGUUAGUGUCGAAACUAACAAGUUCCAUUAGAUCACGUGAGUUUUGAAAUAGGAUUCAUCUAUUUAAUCUGUGUCAUAAAUCACAUGUUUAAUGUUCUAAAAUAUUGCAUAUUCCAUUUCAAAAAGGCGGACAUACUUCGCACGUGGGUGGGCCACUGUUGAAGGUAAGGAAUUGGGAAGAUAGUAGAAAGGAAAUUUAAUGUUGAUAUAUUUAUAAUAAACGAUAAACCGUUGCUAACGAAAAAACGAUUCGUGGCGAAAUUAAGUUGAGCGCGUUGCUUUGUCAACAAUAUAUAUGUCAUAUUAUGAUCAAAUAAUUGCAUAGGUAUUAUAUAUUUUUUUAAUAAUAUUUGUGUAAUAUUGUACCUAUUUUCACAUUUUUCCUAUGGUUUUCCGGGUAUUCCCAUUUAUUCGGAAAACUUCUGAGAAAAUCAAAAAAUUACCUCCUUAAAGUACUCCCCCCCAGUCUAAUUUACUUUCAAGAAAAGUGCUAUACUUAAAAAUUGGAGCAAGAUUUCUGAUAGAAAAAUAGUCCACAAAAAAAAAAAAUAAACAUCUUUGUAAAAUCAUAAUUCGUUCUUUUUCGCUCCACUCAGAAUUAGAAAUUAUCGAUACUCAGGUGUAUUAUAGUAUACGAUGCAAUAUUUUAAAACGCCAUUAUAUUGUGUGAAUAUAAUAUUAUUAUUAUUAAUAUUUGCAGAUCCGUACGAAGUGGUUAACGCGGCUAGUAGUCGACUCGUGGCGCAAGCGGCCGCGGGCUCGGGACAAAUACAAUUGUGGCAGUUUUUGUUGGAGCUACUAGCUGACUCCAGUAACGCCGGGUGUAUUUGCUGGGACGGUCCCGGUGGUGAGUUUAAGUUAAUCGACCCAGACGAGGUGGCCAGACGUUGGGGCGAACGCAAGUCCAAGCCGAAUAUGAACUACGAUAAGUUGAGCAGAGCUCUCAGGUAUAUUUAUCAGUUAUCACAUUAUAAAAUAUUAUUAGACACGGUUUCAAAUACAUUUGGUCAGAAGUUUUGGUUUCGGAUUAAAACAAAUUUUCAUUAGAAAGAUUUCUUAUUUUCAUUUUGUUUUCAUCAUACGGGGAUUUCCAGGAAAACAUCGGUUUUUUAUUUUUUAAUUAUUAUAGGUAUCGAGUACUUAUAUCUAUUAUCUAUAUAGUUCUAAACAAAUUUCAAAAAAAAAAUAAUUUUAAUAAUUCAAAACAGUGAUUUUUAGUAUACGAUUAUUGAUUUUUAAAUUACUCGAAAAUCGACUUGUAUAUUAUACUUGUGGGUACACAAACUUAUAUAUAUUUGUAUUUGAUAUACUGGUAUACCGUUAUAUUGGCAGCGCGUAUUAUAAAAUGGUAAAUGACAGGUAAAUUAAAUUGUUCGACAAAUAAGGAUUUUGAUUUUGAAAAUCUUUAGUUUUAUAUAUUUCAAUUUGUAUACAACAAAUAUAUAAUUUUAUUGUGCUACAAUUAAGUUUAAAUAUAAUUUUUAGUGGUUAGAGUCAGCAUGAACUUGGACGAUAUCGUAUAGCGGUAGGUAUAUUGAGGGUAUUGGAAAAUCAGACUAGUGAUUUUCCUAGUGAUUAUUCUCAAGAAAAAAAGAAUAUUUUACAAAAUGUCAGAUCUAUAUUAAUUGUUAAUUAUUAUAGUAUAUAUAACAGUGGAUGAAUGAUUUUCAGGUGAAAAUAAUGAUACAUUUACGAAUUGACCCUUCAUAAUGAUAAUACAUAUUAGGUAAACAUUUUUUUUUUAAUUUAUAGUUUUAUCAGUGUAUUUUAACUAAUUAAAAUGCUUCAUUAAUAUAAAUAAUUUAAAAACCGAUAUCAUUUUCAAUUCAUUAUUACUGAUUAACGAUAAAAUCUUUAGAAGUUCAUCCGCCAUUUCGUACGCCAUUUCGUCGUACCCAUUUUUUGGUUUAAUUUUGCAUAUAUUUAAAUCGUAAUUUUUGGAAUUUUCAAGUGUAGUUAAAGUCGAUAUUUUAAAAUACUUAGAUUUUUUACAACAUUUACGGACAUUUCUGUGGUGAUACCAACUUUAGUGUUUCAAAUGAUUUCCAUCAACUCGUUGAUGAAAUAUUUCACUUUUAAGUUUAGGUAAGGGAAGAGUAGUAAAGCGCCGUGUGCUGUAUUGCCACAAAAAUGAUACACCACUACUCUCCACUUACCUAAACUUAAAAGUGGAAUAUCUCGUUAACGAGUUGACGGAAAUCAAAAAUGUUGACAACAAAAUUUAUUUAAAGUAAUCCUCCGUCUAUUUAUUAAAUUUUUAAUAUAGGUUCUCAUAAAAAACCAACGUUGGUAUCGCCACUUAUGACAUUCCUUAAAUAUUGUGAAAAAUCUAUGUAUUCGAAAAAAUUCGCUUUAACUACAUUUAAAAAUUACAAAAAUCAUAAUUUGAAUGCAUGAAAAAAUAACUAAAAAAAUGUGGUGAGCACGUUUAGUGAAUUAUUCUGUAUAUAGUAUAAUUCAUUUUUAUAUAAUUUUCUGAAAUUAAGAAGGAAAAUCACUAGCACAAUAUUCUAACACCCUCAUUAUUUACCGUUAUAUUGAUGGGGUAGUGUGGUUAAAAAAUUGUCGAAUUCAACAAAUUGUACCCGUUUUUUUGUUCUUUGAUAAGUAUGAUUACAGUUAUAUCAUUAUAAUCAUGACCUUAAUAUCAUAAUAUGUCAUUGCAUAAAACAAAAAAAAAACCAUUUAACGAAUUUAAAUGUCGACGCUUGUUUGUAUUUUGUCUCGCUAUUUAUAAAUCAAAAAGGAAUUUCAAAAUUAUCCUUUAUUAAGGUAGUCCAGCUGAUAUCCAAUAUUAUGUUAUUAUUAUAUUAAUCACCUAUACAGAAUUCAAAGUACGGCAAAUGUAUUCUUUAUGAAGCCGACAAAUCCCGCUCGCGUAAUACUGUUUUAAUUUGUACAGUUAUAUUAUAACUCUACAAUUAAUAAAAGCCGUAUAGAAUAUAGAGACUUAAAGCAAUUAAAUAGAACAAUAUUAGCGCAUGAUACCUUUUGGCCUUUGCCCUCUUUCGGGUUCUUGGGAAUAACAAUUAUUGAUAUAUUAAUACAUGUGCAAAUUAUUGAAAUUGAGAAAAUUAAUAUGUAGACGUAGGAUUAAAUCCGUUGUCUCCGAUUAUGUGUAAAGCGAAAAAGGUAUACCAUAUCUAGUUAUUAGAAUAAUUAAACCUUCAACAGUUUUCAUUCAAAAAGUAUACAUAAUACACACACAUAUGUACACUACGUACCAUAACUACUCGCAGUUACAAAAUAGUCUGUACUUAUAUACUAAUUUAUAGUACAGAUUGAAAAAUCAAAAACAUUUUUUUUUAUUUAUUUAAUUUAAUUUCAUGUACAUAUGAGUCCUGGGCCCCACAAAGAAGAGUCGUGUGGGAGCCCAAGAGUUUUAAUAUCUAAUUACAUACAAAUAACACGUACAUGAUAAAAAUUGAAACUCUAAAAAAUAUGAUAAACUAAAUUAACUAAUUACUAUUAUACUAAUAUACUAAUUAUAUUAAAUUAAAGUAAUAUUAUUAUUAUUAUAUAAAUUCUUUAUGAGAUUCCAAUCGCCAUUGCACUAUUGCAGAAUGCCUUUUUUAAAUAAAUUAACUGGAAAGUUUAUUAUAUAUAUAGAUGGUAUUUUGUCACAUUAUUUAGUACCAAUUAUUUUAAAAUAUCUACCAGAUGAGGUUUUUUUUAAAUAUUUCAAUGAAAAAAUUAUUCUUUGCGUAUUAUGUAUUUGCUCCAUGCGUUAUUGGUUGUAAUAAAUUAUGGCUUUUUAAAUAUAAAGCAGACAUUUUCAAAUAUAUUUUCUUAACAGGAAACCCAUUUAGUUCUGUACACAAAUUUUUGGUCGAGUACAUUCGUUCUUUAUUUAAGCAAUAAUGCCAAUAUUUUAAUAAUUUGAUUUUGACGAGCUUAAAGCUGAGAUGUAACAUUACAAAAACCACCAUUCCAGCCUAUAAUACCAUAAGGGAUUAAUGAUUCAAUCUAAUGCUAAAAAAACCUGACGUUGUUUUAGUAGUUCUAAAACUUUGUUUAAAUUUCAUAUAUAAGUUUACAGGGUUUUCGAAAUUUCGUGUCAUAUUUAAAAAUCAAAAAUAGGUUGCUGAUUCACCUCUAAAAAUCAGGGUGAAAAAAAUAAGGAAAUUAAGUAACAUUUUAAAAUACAUGAUACACACAAUAUUUAAUUAUUUUAAAAUUUAAGUGAAACAAACAAUACGCAGCAAGAAUGUAUUGGUGUGCCUUUUUAAUUUUUUGAAUCUUUGAACAACCUUUCUACUAAAAAUUUUGCUUUGAUGAUCAACUUCAAGUGUAAUUUCUAGUAGCUGAUUAUGUCUCGUUGGUAAAUUGGGAAAGUUGUUUUUUUAAUUUCCUAGUAGCUAGUUUUCGGACUAACGAGAAUGCAUAUAAUCGUAGAGACCAGAAAUUUUUACCAAAUACAAAUAUAAUUAGCUAUCUUUAGACAUGGUACAGUUUUUAAAACAUUCUGAUGUUCUUUAAGUUAUUUAUAGUCAUUGGAAAAUGUAUAGUUUUUUACAUUUUUCUUUGGUUGAAUGUGUAUUACUUUCCGUAAUUAAUAGGAUACAAAAAGGUAAAAACAUUGCAAAUUUCUUACUUACUAGAAUAUCAAAAAUUUAGGUCUGCUGACCUAGGAACGUUAAUGAGCCUAAGCCGUUGGGUUGUUUAAAUCCAUUGCAUAAUAGCAGACAGACAGCUACAGGAGCGUAGGUAUAGAUUAUUUAUGAGAGGUGGGUGGAACUUCAAUUAUUUGUAAUAGACUGAGAUGAAAAAAAAAAUUCCGUUAGCAUUGGAUCAGAAAUUGAAAAAAAAAAAGGUUCAGUGAAUAUUACAGGGAAUAUUAGUUCAGUACAUACAAAUAUAUUAAAUAAUAAAUGUUAACUUUUAACAUUAAAUGCGUGUUAUUAUUUUUAAAUAUUAUUAUUUGGUUUUUUAAAAUAAUUAUAGAAGUAAAUUUAAUCUUUGUCUACGUUGUGCUAGUUUGUUGAAAAUUUGUCCACUGUAGUAGUAAAUUUAUUUUUUAGACAAAGUGGCUGUACUUUGUGUUACGGCGCGUUUCGCAAUGAAAUACAAUGUAGGUAAAUUUUAAUUCUAUUUUGCUGCAGGUACUACUACGACAAAAACAUUAUGACGAAGGUGCACGGCAAGCGGUACGCGUACAAGUUCGACUUUCACGGUCUUAUGACCGCGUGCCAUCAGAGCCAACCGCAGAUGCCGCCGCAGCCUCCGUCACAAGCGACCGUUGCCGGCCCGUCGUCCGCGGUGGGCCCCUCCUCGUCCACGCCACCGGACUUUGGCGGACUGUACGGUCAGCAACACGCGCCCGCGGCCAGCCCGUCGACCGCAUCCAUAUUCCCGACCGCUCCGUCUUACUGGGCUACUUCGGCGACCGGCCUGUCCACUCUGUACCAACAUCCCGGCGCCGGGCCCCGAUAUCCACCGUAAUAGCGCAAACACGAUAAUAAACGACAAUACCAGAAGCACGACGCGUUCAUAUACACAUAUAUACAUACAAGCAUUUUGAAAUAAUAAUUUAAUACAUAUAAAAUUUAAAAAAAUAAUUUUUUUUUUUUUUUUUUUGCCAAUCGAACAUUUAGAUGAUUUCUAAUGGUUUUAAUGACUUUUAAUCAUAUACAAUAUAUUUUAUAUUGGCUGUUUUAUCUGCAGUUUAUAAUAAUAUAUCGAUUGGAUAUAGAAAUAAUAUUGUAGUUAUUCUAAAACUACUGAACAAGGACAUUGCUUUUUUAGUUCUGGCUGCACCGACGGAAUGGAGCGAAACAAAAAAAAAAAGGUC